AUGAAAGUGGAAAGUUCAAUAAAUGGCAUUAAACUAGUGGAGUAUUCGAAAUAUCUUCACGAAUAUGCAGAUAACUUUGGCCUCUAUUCCUUCAUUCGAUUUGAACACGAAGUCGACAGAAUUGAACGUAUCCCAGGACAAAGGCAACAAUGGCGAUUAAAAGUGAAAAGGGUAAACGGUGAUGCUGACUGGCACGAGGAAGUAUUCGAUAGAAUAGCUAUUUGCUCUGGCACACAUCAAGUGCGUAGUAUGCCAAAUUUCGCUGGUGUGAAAAGUUUUAAAGGUCAAAUUAAGCACAUGCAAGAUGUCAAGAGAUUUGAUGAAUUCAAGGACAAAAGAGUAUGCGUUGUCGGGGGUGGUGAAGCUGCAUCCGACAUGGCACUGGCAGCAAGCAAGCAUGGCAAACGUGCCUUCAUUUCUAUCCGCCGUGAUCAUGGCUAUCUUGUUUCGCGCUAUCAAUACGGACCCGGUCAACCAUCUGAUCUACAAACAACUAGAGUGCGGAACAGCAUACCAUCUGUUUUUGGAUUCAUACAAAUCGUCAUCAGAAUGAUUUUUGAGAAGGUUUUACUGAUGUUUGGUUCGAAAAGUGAUCGAUCACUAAAUAUAGAACGUCAAAUAUUUGCCAUGAAUGCGAAGCAGUAUCGUAGAAGUCAUUUUCGAAACACAUAUGGUACCAAAAAUGGUGGUAUGGCCGAGGCUAUUCUUUAUUAUGGAUGUGAAAUGAAACCGGCCAUUCGUUCUCUUGAAGAAAAUUCGAUUAUUUUCGAAGAUGGUACCAAAGAAGUCGUCGAUGAGAUAGUGUGUUGUACUGGCUUUGAAAAUCGUUUCUCAUUUCUGGAUUGUAUCGAUAAUAAUCCGGUUUUGCAGCAGGUUGGCCAUGAUGCAAGAAUUUCGCAUAACCUGUACAAGCAUGCUAUUCAUCCACUGACCCGUGAUUCUCUUGUAUUCAUUGGUUUUGUUCGUCCUUGUUUUGGAGCUAUUCCACCUCUAGCUGAAAUGCAAGCUCGUUGGUUUGCUUUAUUAUGUUCUGGAAAAAUCGAUUUACCGGAUACAUCAACGAUGGAUAAAUACAUUCGUACUUAUGUCCGUUACAUUGAAAACUUUCUUACACCAUAUCGUGUUAAUCGUAUUACGAAUCUAACAGACUUUCUCUCGUUCUCAGAUGAUAUGGCUUGGGCUAUUGGAUGCCGACCUAAUCUUGAUUUUAAGAUGUUGUUGCGGGAUCCAUAUCUCUGGCUUCGUUGCAUGGUCGGACCAAUAUGCAAUGCACAAUAUCGUUUGUGUGGACCUCAUGCACAGCCUGCACAAGCUCGUCGUAUACUACUUACUCUAAAGUGGAAACCUCUUUGGUAUAACAUAUGCGAGUUUAUUAUGCUAUAUACAUCUGCAUUAGUGUGGUACUGUGGUCUGAAAAGCUGGCUGCCACAUACCUGGGCUCCAAUUCAUGAACGCCAUAUCUAA